AUGGCAAUUAUCAAGUCGUGCUGUUUUGGUGUCAAAUCUUUAAGGACAGGUAGCUUCAUGUGCGCUAUGUAUACACUGAUUUCUUAUACAAUAUUUGUGACUAUCGGCGCCUUUCAUAUAAAUCUUGUCAUUCAUAUUCCCGUACUAUUCAUAAUAAGCAUAUUAUUGCUAUUAUUUUCCGGACUAUGUGUUAUGGCAUCGGUAUUAUUAUUGGUUGGAUUAUGUGUGGAUAACCGGAAAAUGUUGAUACCCUGGUUGAUAGCCGUAUCCAUCACUACAUCACUUGAUCUAACAUUGUGUUGUGUAUUCAUCAAUGAUAAGGAAACGAUUUUUGACGCUUUUGUUUGGAUAUUGUUUUCAACAGAUAUAUCUAUUUGUAUUAUCAACAUAUACUGUAUUUUGUGUAUUUACUCUCAAUAUCAAGAAUACUUGGAGGGCAGGGGUGGUCCCGAAGGUGAUCAGAGACGUCGCACUGACAGCAACUUUGUAUUAUUGUCGCCAAACUUUAUGACCAAAACUGCCGGCACUGYCGGUGGUAACCACCGAUAUGKAGAAGCAACGGUCGGACAUCAUCCACACCACCACAACAGCAAUACAAGUAUCGGCGAUGGCCUAGUGAUUGGUAACGGUAUGUCAUGCGAUGGUAUGUCCAACGAGACAAUUGCCAGUACAUCCUUGAUAUCGUCGUCRAUGGUUAUGAUGAUGACGACAUCGGCGACCAGUGGCCAGUUAGUACCGCACCACUCGGCGACCACCGAUUAUAGUCAAUCGGARACCAAUUUGAUGGCCAACUCCUCGGCAACACUACCGCCGCCGCCGCCGCCGCCGCUGCCGAAGCUGAUGGACGGCAGUGAUGUCAACAAUCAGUCAUUGAUUGUUGUCAGCCAUAGUUUCAAUGAUGGCAAUCAAUUAAAUACAAAUAUCAACAAUAAUURUAAUAAUAAUGAGAAUAAUAUCUAA